AUGAAUUAUCUGGAGGGAAUGAAUGGCCCUUCCCUCGUUUCUUUCAGAAUACAGUACCCGAUUUCCACUACCAGCUAGUGCUGUUCUUCCAUUCAGCAGACUUUUCUCCUCCCUCAAUCCCGAAAUUGAAGCCGAACACUUCUCCCGACUCCUCCAGCGAUGCGCCCGCACAUCAAACCACCGCCUUGGCGCCGCCAUCCACUCUCUCCUCUUCAAAAGCUCCCUUCUUUCCUCCUCUCUCUUCUUACAGAACCACCUCCUCAACAUGUACUUAAAGUCUUGUGCCGACGUUUCCCUUCCACUCCAACUAUUCGACGAAAUGCCCCAACACAAUUUCGUUUCGUGGUCCAUUGCCAUCGCCGGCCUCGUUCAAAGCGGCCAUGCUCGUCAAGCUCUCUCCUUUUUCAACCAAAUGCUUCGCUGCGGUACUCGCCCAAAUGAAUUCGCGCUUGUAAGCGCCCUCCACGCCGGUUCACUCUCAGGUGGCCCAUCUCAAGCACGUCAGGUAUUCUCCCAAGUUAUCCGCCUUGGCUUCGAGUCCAAUGCGUUCCUUAUUAAUGCUUUUCUCAUGGCUUUGAUAAGAAAUGAAGUAUUCGAAGAAGCCGUGGAGUUGUUCGAGAAAUGCAUUAUUAGGGAUGUAGUUACAUGGAAUUCUAUGAUUGCUGGAUAUCUACAAUUUGACUGUGUCAAGGUAUGGGAUUUAUGGCUUCAGAUGAAUCUGGAAGGUGUAAGUCCUGAUGAGUACACGUUUAGUAGCGUUCUUACUGGGUUAGCGACAAGUUUGAACUUGAAUAAUGGGUUAAAAGUCCAUGCCCAACUUGUAAAGUUUGGUUUCAAUGAUGAAAUAUGCGUGGGGAACUCAUUGUUACAUAUGUAUAUUAAAAACCAGAAUUUGGCUGAUGGAUUUAAAGUGUUUAAUCGAAUGCCGGAAAAAGAUGUGGCUGCUUGGACCCAGAUGGCUUCUGGCUGCCUACAUUGUGGGCAGCCUUCCGAAGCCAUAGAAAUUAUCAAAUUAAUGAAGGCAGCUGGUAUCUCUCCCAACAAGUUCACAUUAGCCACUGAACUGAAUGCUUGUGCUAGUUUGUCUUCUUUAGAACAAGGAAAGAAGGUUCAUGGAUUCAGGAUUAAGUUGGGCGUUGAAGUGGAUGAAUGUGUGGAUAACGCUCUGGUCGACAUGUAUUCUAAAUGUGGUUCCAUGAAAGAUGCCUUUUCAGUGUUUUGGUUCAUGAGGGAGAGGUCAGUCAUUUCAUGGACUACAGUCAUUAUGGGAUUUGCUCAGAAUGGAUUUGCUUUGGAAGCCAUAGAGGUGUUUGAACAAAUGAUCUCAUCCAAUGCAAAGCCAAAUUAUAUCACAUUGAUAUGUGUUUUAUAUGCUUGCAGCCAAGGUGGGUUUGUUGAUGAGGGAUGGAAUUACUUUAUAUCUAUGGUAAAUGAUUAUGGCAUUUGGCCAGGAGAAGAUCAUUAUUGUUGUAUGGUUGAUCUGCUUGGGAAAGCUGGAAAGCUUAGAGAGGCUGAAGAUCUGAUACUUGGCAUGCCAUUCCAGCCUACUGUGCUUGUUUGGCAAACGUUGCUCGGUGCUUGUCGGCUUCAUGGUGAGUUGGAGAUAGGGAAGAGAGCAGCUGAGAAUGUGCUUGCUAUUGAGAAAAAAGAUCCAUCAACUUAUGUUUUGCUAUCAAAUAUGUUAGCGAAAACAAGAAAUUGGGAUGGUGUAAAAAGAGUGAGAGAACUUAUGGAAUGCAGUGAAGUAAAACGAGUUCCUGGGUCAAGUUGGACUUUACCAUUGCUGUAGGAGCAACAAAUGCUUUAACUUUAAACUUUUCCGGAGGAUUUCUCUUUAUUCAGAGGCAAUGCUAUCAAAUCAGGUUUACAAAAUGUUUUUGGUGAUCAAGUAUUCACAGGCUAUGUGAUAAUGUGAACAUAAUGUGUGCCUUAGCCUCAUUGAUAUGCUCAUUGACUCGAGAGUAGCAAGAAAUAUAGUAAAUGCAGCCAUGGAGAACUUUUUUUUUUUCUCAGGCUGCCAAUAACAGGUUCCAGUGAUGGUGCAGAGAAGAUGGUUACAGAGAAGAAGACUAAAGUUCAACUGUCAAACUGAAGCUUCACUCUAGCUCUACAUGACUGCAUCACCUCAAAAUUUUUGUUGACUAAACCCGAACUCUUCUCCAUAAUUUUCCAGCUUACUAACAUUCAUAAAGGAGUUCUUUUCAUCUCUACGUUAAUUGAUUCAUCACAAACCUGCUUAUUGGCCCAUCCCCAGUUUUCAGAGCUUGUGCUGCCAUUUCGUGAUCAUGCAAGCGAUUCCUAGUACACUCCUUGCAAUGUAUUUUACGAAAUUUUCAAUAAAAUUUUGAUAGAUUUUCUA